UUUGUGUGUAAGUCAUGUGGUGAGGUAUUGCCCACUGAUGACUGCUUGAAAGAACAUUUGAGAAUGAGGGAGUGUGACCAAGCAUUAUCUGCUACCAACAGUGAGAAACUUCAAUGCAGUGAUGAUCAUGAAAACAAUAUCUCCUUCGAGUGUGUACAAGAAGGAAUCGUGGAACAGACUGAGGAGCCCCCUUCAUACAAGGUACCCAGGAAAACUUUUAAAAAAUCCUUUAAUGACAUAUGUAAUACACUUACUGUGAAAGAAGCUGAAGAGGAAAUCGAAAGAUGUAAUGACUGUGGAAUUUUAUGUUCAAGUGACCAUGUACAUGUCCACACUGUGCUAAGUGCAAAGAGACAUCACAAAUGUGAUGUUUGUGGUAAAAUGUUUACGCAGUUAUGCAAUCUUAAGAAACACAGAUUAAUACACACUGGAGAGAGACCCCACGAAUGCGAUGUUUGUGGAAAAUCGUUUACUGAAAGGGGCAAUCUCAAGAAACAUGAAUUAAUACACACUGGACAGAGACCACACAAAUGCGAUGUCUGUGGAAAAUCGUUUGCUCACUCGGGCCAUCUGAAGACCCACAAGUUAAUACACACUGGACAGAGACCACAUAAUUGCGAUGUCUGUGGAAAAUUAUUUACUCAGUCGGGCCAUCUCAAGACUAGAGGUUUAAUACACACUGGACAGAGACCACAUAAUUGCGAUGUCUGUGGAAAAUCAUUUACUCAUUCGGGCAAUCUGAAGACCCAGACAUUAAUACACACAGGAGAGAAACCCCACAAAUGUGAUACUUGUGGUAAAUUAUUUAAUGUAUUGAGUUAUCUCAAGGCCCACAAAUUAAUUCACAGUGGAAAGAGACCCUACAAAUGUAGUAUUUGUGGAAAAUCUUUUACUCAAUGGGGCAGUCUCAGGAGACACAAAUUAAUACACACUACAUAG